AAGCCGCGCCGGCCAAUCAGCGCUGGGCUGCCGCUCCCGCGCUCCCGGGGCUCGGGUCGGCAUGAGGCGGCGCCUGGUGCUGUGGGGUCGGCUCCCUCUCCCUCUGCUCUCGCUUCUCCUCAGCAGCAGCUCUGUGGCCCCGGGGAUGCAUGUAGGCCAGGUGGUCUUCUCCAGCACAGCUCCAUGGUUCUCUGCAACGGGCCUGCGAUUUGGUUGCAAUGGCAAAGACGUUGCCUACUUUGAUUUCUCCGCAAGCAAAUAUGUGGCCAGCAUUCCUCAAGUAGAAGCUUUCAUCCGUGACCUGAACCACCACAACCCCCGUGCCAUCGUUGAAGUCAACAAAACCAGGCAGUUUAUCCCUUUAUUCGCAGAGACCGUUUAUCGGGAUGUUCUGACCCUGAAUGUGAAGCCUUCCAUCACCAUAACCUCAAUGCACCUGAACGAGGGAGAAAAACCCUUGGUCUUGGUGUGCAGAGUGGAUGGAUUUUACCCAAGGGACAUCAACGCUACCUGGCAGCAGAAUGGUGAAGCCAUAGGCCAGGAGGUGUUAAGGAGCAGCAUUUUACCAAACCCAGACGGGGCAUUCCAAAUCAGGUUACAGGUCAAUGUCGAUCCCAGCCGAGGAGACACCUACACUUGCCAACUGGAGCACAGAAGUGUCCCGGGCAAGCUGAGUGCAGUUUGGGUUCCCAAGAGUAAGAAUUUACCAGUUCAUGGAUAUGUGGUUGGAAUAAUGGCCGGGAUAGUUGGCAUUACGAUUGCUGUAUCUGGAGGAGUCAUCAGGUGGAAAGAGCACCACACCCAUGGCUCAGAACCAGUUCCGAAUCAGCGUAAGACUGUUGAACUUUCAGAUGCCUGUGUCUCCAAUACAUAUUCAGGAGACCGCUCAGAGGGUGGAGCUGACCAUCUGUGCGAAGGAAUUGGACGCUUGCUGAGUCCUGUUCCUGCAGACGAAACGGUCAAAUUCAAGACGCGUACCAAUGUUGGGUGACCACCGAUUCCCUCCUCGCAGGCCUGGCUGAAUCUCCUUCUCCCUGCUGCACGUCCAUUGGCUUUCUAAAGAGCUCGUCAUGUGUAACUGCCAUUCAGCUGUAGCGUUGGAGCCCAGGAGAGACGGGCUGUGCAGAGGCUGCUUGAUCUAUAGUUGGGAGGUGCCAUAUUUAAAAUAGAAUUAGUCUCUGGCAAUGUCUCUCAAGCCUCACCUGUUUAUCCUCAUGGAGAAUGUUGAUGACCUUUCCACUGAAAUAUAUGAAUUAGGGAACAGCGUUAGGCACUCGAUCCCUAGAGCCUGUUCCCGCAUUCAAUAAGAUCAUGGCUAACCUGGCUGUAACCUUGAUAUGCAUUCCUGCCUCCCACUGGGAAAUCCUUCAUCCAAUUUCUUAUCAUGGAAAUGGGCCCUAUUGACCCAACCUCAUCUAUACCACUGUGAUGCCUAUCUACGCUAAUGCUAUAUGCCCGCAUUAGGCCCAUAUCGCUCUACAUCUUUUCUAUCCAAGUACCUGUCCAAAUGCCUCCAUUUUCUGUUGUAGAGUUCUUAUCGACUCUUUUUACAAAUGCCUUUCAUGUGUAGAAGGAGAAAAGUUACCUUUGAAUUUGUAAUAUUAGCUCCCCUUGUUUUUUGUGCCUUUUCUUGUUCUCUCUGGGAGUGGUGAACACGCCCAGCCUGGCAUAUUGGGGCUUGUCCUCCUGCUCUGCAUUUUGCAACUCCCACAUUCUUUUGUCGACGUUCUCACUCUGUAACCACUCCCAUUAACUAGAAAACCUUGUUUACAGCUUAUCCCCAUGGUCACCCCAGUUUUGCUCCAUCGGAGACGUGCCCCUUCACCCACCCUCCCUGCAGCCUUCCAAGCUGCUUGUCUCCUUCCCAGUUCUGAUGGAUUUCCAGCCUGAAACGUUGACCAUUUCUCUUCCCAUAGAUACAGCCUUACCUGUUGAGUACUUCCAGCCUUUUCUGUCACCUGAAAACUGUAGCUAAGCUGCAUAUACAAAAAUGUACUUCCCCUUGUUAUGACUGGAACACCACGGAAAGGUUCUCUUAAAAUACGUUCAGCAGGUGCUGCCCUAUCUUGUUUAAGUCUGUUACAUUUGAUAUUUCCUAUGUUAGUAAUAAUACUUAGUAGAUUCCUAUAUGAGUCAUCUCAUUGAUUAUCUAUUCUCUGCUUAGUGUUUCAUCCAUUACUACAGAGUUGCACUGGAUCUUUCAGCCUGGGUAGAGGAAAAUCCAGUAUUUUCCAUUUUUGAGAACCUUUUUUGGGGAAUCUCCCGAUUGGACAUUAAGUAUGUGAUGUAACUUCAGACUCAUGGACUCUCAGAGAAGAAUCGAGAACAUUGGAGACACAAGAAACAGCAGAUGCUGGAAUCUGGAGCAACACACAAUAGAAAAAAAUCCAGAACACGUUGAGUUAACCACUGUUAAAUGAUUGUUAUCUGCUCAAGAAAUGAUUGUGAUGUGGGAGAUCCAACAUGAUUGAUUGUAAUGUUAUUUAAUCUUGACCAGUUCCUGGUUGAACAAAGAAAUGCUGUUGAUGAAAUCCCCAUUUUGCGUUCAAUGCAUUUCUGGGUGCUACAGAAUGUAAUUUCUCAGAAACUGUAUCUCUGCCUCUGGCACACAGCCAGCAUCGGAGCUCAGUCUGAAGUUUCCACAGCUCAAAUCGUCCAAAUGCCAUUCUUCAUUUGAGAGUAAACAAUGCAGAGAAUUUAAAUUUUGAAUAUAUCAAGAAAUAACUGGAAAUGGAGUGUACAAUAUAUUGUGUGGUUUCUUCCACACUGAAAGUGGUAAGUUGGUUUAUUAUUGUCACAUGUCUCAAGGUACAAUGGAAAAACUUGUUCUGCAUGCUAUUCAUACAGAUCAUUUCAUCACAUCAGUGCAUUGAGGUGGUACAAGGGAAAAGCAAUAACAGAAUGCAGAAUAAAGUAUUACAGUUGCAGAGGAAGUGCAGGCAGACAAUAAGGUGAAAGAU